GGGAAAUUAGAGGGAGGCUGGAAGAGACGCAAGGGCACAGGGACGAGGCCAGGAAACGGAUGGGAGCGAGGGCAGCUGCAGGCAAAGCCACGCAAUGCCGAGCCUCGGCCUUCGCGAAGGCGAUUCCCGCCCUCCUGCAGGUUUUUAGGGAUUCAAAAUUAUUUAAUAGAGGAGGGGGGCGCCGAGGAAGAGAAAGCUGAACGCCAGUGGAGCAGAGGGCGGAAAGGAGGGAAGAACACAGAGGCGGCAGCCGUCCGGGGAGGGAAGCCAGCGGCGGCCGGGCCUCGAGGGGAGGGGCCGAGGGCGGCCGCCUCCCGGGAGCGUCCCGCGUACACUUCGGAUUCCCCAACCGCCCGGCACAGCGGGGAGCCCCCUGGAGCUCAGAUCAGCAUGUUCCGCUUCAUGAGGGACGUGGAGCCCGAGGAUCCCAUGUUCCUGAUGGACCCCUUCGCCAUUCACCGCCAGCACAUGAGCCGGAUGUUGUCCGGCGGCUUCGGAUACAGCCCCUUCCUGAGCAUCACAGAUGGCAGCGUGCCGGGGGCCAGGCCUGCCAGCCGCAGGAUGCAGGCUGGGGCUGUCUCCCCCUUCGGGAUGUUGGGAAUGUCUGGUGGCUUCAUGGACAUGUUUGGGAUGAUGAAUGACAUGAUUGGAAACAUGGAACACAUGACAGCUGGAGGCAAUUGCCAGACCUUUUCGUCCUCCACUGUCAUUUCCUACUCCAACACGGGUGACGGGGCCCCCAAGGUCUACCAAGAGACAUCGGAGAUGCGCUCAGCGCCAGGCGGGAUCCGGGAGACACGGAGGACCGUCCGGGACUCGGACAGCGGACUUGAGCAGAUGUCCAUUGGGCAUCACAUCCGGGACAGGGCUCACAUCCUGCAGCGCUCCCGAAACCACCGCACAGGCGACCAGGAGGAGCGGCAGGACUACAUCAACCUGGACGAGAGCGAGGCCGCCGCGUUUGAUGAUGAGUGGCGGCGGGAGACGUCGCGAUUCCGGCAGCAGCGCCCACUGGAAUUCCGACGGCAUGAGGCUUCAGCGGCUGGCGGCCGGAGGGCCGAGGGGCCGCCUCGCCUGGCCAUCCAGGGACCUGAGGACUCCCCUUCCCGACAGUCCCGCCGCUACGACUGGUGAGGGCCCCGGGCCCUCGGCCUCUCUUGUGCAGGCUGAGAGGCUGAGAAACCAUCCCCUGAAAUUACUUUUUCCUCUCCAACCCCCACCCCCAAUUUAAUAUUAAAUUAACAGGCAGGCUGGCCCCCACCUCCCCCUGGGGGUCUCAGGGAGAGCCUUUCACGGCCCCCUCGACCUACUUCUUGCUUCUCAUCCCUUCCCACGGCCGCUGCACCCGCCCUGGAUCUAACUUGACUUUCCACAUCGCUGCUCCAUCUCCGAAGCUCCUCACGCUCCCAUUCCACCCUUGCUGUGCAUCCGAGGGUCUUUGGGGGUGAGCUCUAGGUUCAGGGGCCUCCUCCAUCUCUCAGCCACCCUGGAUCUUCGCCCAGCUCCUGCUCCGAGCCCGCAUGGCAGGGGCCGUACAUAGCCCUGUCCAGGGCUGUGGAACCAGGGACUGCUUCCCGACUCUUUCUCCCUCCCCCUCCCGCCCACGCACACAUCACAGAAAUCUUCCCUCCACCCUUCUCUGCCUUUAUUUUUUGAUUUGUGCAACUUGUAACUAGGUGGUUAUGGAAUAAAGGAGAAUGGGAAAAAAGA